UAACAUAUUUUUGACGUUUAACAGCACUAUCGGCUUAACAGACUACUGGCUAUGGCUAUAGAAGAACAGCUGAUGCGCGGGACUGAGGAGCUAAGAUAACAGCUGAGCGGGAUAUAUAAGCUUGUUUUUCUUCAUUAACAACAAAAAGAAACUACUUAUGUUAAGACUUCGCAAUAUUGUGGGACAAUGCUUCAUUCUGAGGCGACAUAUUUCAGCACUUUACAUAACCGGUGACAAGGCAAACGAAAACUAUGUAACCUUGCAACCAUUUCUGGAUUUUGCCGGCACAUUCCGCGACAAAGUGGCUUUGCAGCAGAGCAUCGCUAGCCGUGGUUUGAACAUCAAUCUGGAAACAGUGCUCACCAAAUAUGCAGCAUAUCAAACACAACAAAAACACUUACAACGAUUGGAGGAAGAACGUGAAGUAGUAACCAAAGAGCUCAAAUCGCUUACGAAAUCAGGCGACUCAACGGAGUUGCUGGAUAAAUUACGGGCGCGUGGCAAACAGUUGCGCAACGAUGUGAAAUCGUUAAAGCAAAAACUAUAUCCGAUCGAAGAUGAUUUUAUCCAUGACUUUUUGCAUCUACCCAAUGUGUUGCAUGCGCAUUGUCCACAAACGGAUGUGGAAAAGCUCAUUUAUAGGCAUAAGCCACCGCCGAACGCGGCACUGGUGGCAAACCACUUAGAUCACAAGGAUCUUGUGCAUUUUAUAGACAACAAUCGUUACUACAUGAUGGAACAGGCGGCUCAUUUUGAUGUCGAUGCCAUGCAGGCAAUGGCACGCUACUUCGUAACGAAUGGCGACUUCGUCCAGACCUGCAAUCCGGACUUUGUGCGCUGUGUGCUGCUGGAGGCCAAUGCGACGCCGUUGACUCAAUACCAUCUGGUGCGCGAGGAACAUUUGUUGAACAAACUGAAUACUGCUUAUCUAACAGGCGGUGGUGCAUUCGAAAGUUUCCUCGGCACCAUUACCAAGCUGAGCGUAUAUCCCUCAGUACUGCCACUGCGGUAUGUCGCCUGUGGCCGCAGCUAUAACCGCGAGGACGGUCUGGUCAAUGGACCUACGCCAAGUCUGUACACAGCCACACAAACAAAUGCGGUGCAAAGCUUUGUGGCAACCCAAACGGCUGAACAGGCUGACGCAGAACUGGAACAGGUGCUGAAUCUGGCCAUUAAUUUUUACAAAGCACUCGAUGUCCCCUUUCGCAUUGUGUACGUUGCAGCAGCUAGCCUAACGCCUUCCGAGAGUUUGAGGGCCAGCAUAGAGGUGUAUGCGCCAUCGCUUAAGCGUUACGUUUGCGUCGGACGAAUCAGCAACUAUGGAGAUUAUGUAUCCAAGCGGAUUCUCUUCAACACGCGCCGGGACAAGCACUACGACUUCUUACAUCUGGUUGGCGGCCCUGUGCUGUACACCACACGGCUUAUAGCGGCACUCAUUGAGCUGGGCAUCAAGCUGGAAGCCAAUAAAUUGCCCGGUGCUCUGCAACUAGGGCCCAGCUUGCAGGCAAUGAACCAACAUCAGCGAGAUUUACAAGAGUUCAAAGAUCUUUUUAAAUAAAUAUGACCCCUCCACGU